AUGGGAGUUGGCUAGUCGAACAAACACAGAACUAUACAUUCUCAUUCAUUCAGUGGUACACAGCCUCGCAGAGCGCCGCUGACUGCGCGUCAGUUUACCGUGGUUUUCUGCCUUUGAUGGAACAUUCCGCGCGACAAAAUAACUUUUCCGCUUUCUCUCCAAACACAGCUCCAGCAACAAAUAAUCGGAUAUGCUUUUCCUUUUUUCAACCUUUGGCGUGCACGCUCACUAAACCAACCAAGUAAACUAAGCCAGCUUGUCGCUUUGCGGUUGAUACUUCGUUGUGGGACAAAACAGCGUUGACGGACUGCAGAUCGGCGUACCCGCAAUCUCUCCGCUGUCUUGAGCGCCUCUUUCUUGCUCUACAAGCCGCAAAUGUGGAUUACCAUUCUUGGAACAAAUUGUUAAUUUGUGUACACGUUUGGAGUAAAGAAACGUGAGAUAACAUCUGUUUUCUGGUUGUGGAUUUACAGUCAUUGUAAUGUGUAAUAUGUACUUUAAUGCAUUCGGACAAGUUCAUCGGCCGUGUCCUUCUUGGUAUAUUGUUUGAUGGAUUCGACACCAUGGAUGGUUGCAUAUAGGAUUUCAGAUGCAUGCCAAGUCCACAGUGAAUGUCGGAAGUGGUGAUCGCCCCAGAUGGAGCUCCAAAGUCAACAUGGGACUGGCGGUUCAUUAGUCGCGAUCCAGCAGCCUUCCCUGGAGAGCAGGCCGAGGUUGGAUUUUGAGAGGGAGCUUCAGCGCGCGGCAAUCCUCUCGCUCGACCAAAUCAAGGCCAUCCGCUCCAACAACGAGUACACGGAGGGGCCCUCUGUGGCGAGGAAGUCCGCUCCCCGGACGACGCCGAGGCCGGAGAAACACGAGAGGACUCACGAAAACAUACUCAUCAAUGUGAAUAACAACUACGAGCACCGGACACCUGGGCACCCGGGGCCCGUCGGACUGCAGUACAACUCCCGGGCCCCUGUGCUGAGCAGGUCCACCAGCACGGGGAGCGCGGCCAGCUCGGGGAGCAACAGCAGCGUCUCCUCUGAGCAGGGGCUCCUGGUCCGCUCGCCACAGACUCGACCCGGGUCGGCCCAGCGCUCGGACCGGACCGUUCGGACUCAGCCCAAGCCCCGGGUCCCGCCGGAGGACGUGCUCAAACCCCCUGGGAAAGAGGACGUCUCGCGGCACCAGUUCAUCUGCGAACAGUGCGGGAAGUGCAAGUGUGGGGAGUGCACGGCUCCCAGGACCCUCCCCUCCUGCCUGGCCUGCAACGGCCAGUGCCUCUGCUCGGCUGAGAGCCUGGUGGAGCACGGCACCUGCAUGUGCCUGGUGAAGGGAAUCUUUUACCACUGCUCCAAUGACGACGAGGGGGACUCGUGCGCGGACAAUCCCUGCUCCCUCUCCCGGUCGCACUGCUGCUCAAGGUUCCUGUGUAUGGGAUUAAUGUCUGUGCUUUUCCCCUGUUUACUGUGCUACCCCCCUGCGAAGGGCUGUGUGAAGGCCUGUCAGGGCUGCUAUGACCAGGUCAACAGGCCCGGGUGCCGCUGCAAGAACUCCAACACUGUCUAUUGCAAACUGGAGAGCUGGCCCACCAGGGGCCUGGAAAAGCCUUCCUGAUUUUCUUUGCCACAGAAAAGGGGGUUCUCUCAUGAUUAUGAAUAAUAAUAAUAAUAAUAACAAUAAUAAUAAUUGAUGUUUAUCGAAACAAUUAAGCACCUCCCAGCCCCCUACUUUCUCCACUGAGGAAUCGUUUUUUUGGAGGAAGCAUGGAGUUUGAAACCACUUUUUUUUAUUUUGCAACAAGACCCCUCUACAAAGCAGUGUUUGCCUUACUGUUUCUUUUGUGUCUUCUUCAGCUACUCAUUAACACUCUUGACUCAUUGUAAAAAAUUUCCUUUCAGCUAGGCAGAGUUCUCCCAAUUCUUCCAGCUUCGCCUGAGAGCAGCCUCUUUCCAAAUCUGUGAAGGACUAUCUGGACAAUAUGUUGCUGUUACCAGAUAUCCAUAGCAACCGAGAUUGAUUUUUUUUUUAUUAUUAUUAUUUCAUCAGUUGGUACCACAUUAAGGCUGUGGUGAAUUUAUGUUUUUAUGCUGUAGUGGCAUUUUUGGGAAGCAAAUUUAUUUUGUAGAAUUUGCUGAAUGUUUUUUUUUUUUUUCUCCCCUCCC